AUGACACCCAAAACCAAUAAUUGGCCCUGGUUCGCGCUGGCCGCAGCGGUAGCUGUUCCAUGCGUACCUUCAGUGGCCUUCGCGCAGGAUACUCUAGAAGAAAUUGUGGUAACGGCCCAACGCCGUGAGCAGUCGCUGCAGGAUGUGCCGCUCAGCGUAACGGCGUUUACUGCCGGUGAUCUGGAGAAGUCGAACAUCUCCGAAGCCAGAGACUAUCUGGCUCUGUCGCCCAACGUGAGUUUCUCGGAAGACGGCGAGGCGGGCAAUCGAAGCAUCAAUAUCAGCAUUCGCGGUGUGGGAAAUGUGGACCUCGGUGAGGUCAGCACGGCUAAUUCAAUUGGCUACUACGUGGAUGAGCUGAACGUUGGGUCGGUCAGCAAUGGCACGAUCAAUCCCCAGUUGCAGGACAUGGAGCGCAUUGAAGUUCUGCGGGGACCCCAGGGCACCUAUUUUGGCCGAAACGCGCUGGGUGGCGCGAUCAAUAUCACCACUAUCAAACCCAAUCAGGAGCACUAUGGCGAGCUGACGGCGCGGGCUGGAAAUUUUGGUGCUCUCGGUGUUCAGGCUAUCGGCAAUCUGCCAAUCAGCGAUACCUUCAUGGUGCGAGCGGUACUUGCCUAUGACGAAAGUGACGGAAUGGUUCGAAACGUUAAUCCCAACGGUGCGCCAAACAGCGGUUUUGAGUAUUUUACCGGGCGUGUGUCGUUGCGUUUUCUUCCCAGCGAUAACGUGACGGUGGAUCUUUCCAUCACUCACACCGACGAGGAUGAAGGUCAUGACGGCGGUGUGGGAUCAGGUGUGGUUGACCUGGAUACCCAGAGUAUUUUUGGCGCUACUUUUGUGCCCAUCGACGAUCAGCUUGGGUUUUUUCCGGGCAAUCAGCGGCUGGUCAAUCACAACACGCCUGAAAUCAAUGAAAACAGCUUCACUAUCGUAAACGGGCGGGUCAGCUGGACUGUCGGUGACUACGAGUUCAAGUCCAUCACCGGCAUCGUCAACAGCGAAACUGACAGGGUAUUUGAUCAAGAUAAUAUUAGUGCAGACGCGAUAAUUCGCUUCAAUGAUUACGAAGGCGAUUCUUUCAGUCAGGAGUUUCGCGUGCUGUCCACCGUUAGCGAAACCAUGACCUGGACGGCUGGCAUCUUUUACGCCAAAGACGAAAUUGAGCAGUUCAACUCCAUUCAGGCCGGCUCUGAGGGGUCUUACACCAAUCCGGUAACCGGUGAGGUGAUUGGUCUGUUGCCGCCCAUCCCCGCAGGAUUUCGAAUCAACGAAAACAACCGGGUGUUUGAGACAAGCAGUUUGGCAGUAUUUGGUGAAGCAACGUUUGAUGUCAGUGAUCAGCUAUCGGUCAGCCUUGGCGCCCGUUAUACCAAAGACGACAUCGAUAACCGCUCCUUCGGCGUCGUAGCAUUUGAAGGCUCAGUUCCCGACGCCUCAGGGUCUGACAGUUUCUCCAAUUUUUCGCCAAGAUUAGUGGCUCGCUAUGCGGCCACCGACGACACCAAUAUCUAUGGGUCGGUAUCUCGCGGCUACAAAGCGGGAGGCGUGGACCUGGGUAAUGGCUUGGUGACAGCGUUUGAGCCUGAAGAGUUGACCAACUAUGAGGUAGGCUUUAAAUCUGAAUUGAACGAUGGCCGAACUCGAUUGUCUGCUGCAUUGUUCUACUUAGAUUGGGAAGAUCUGCAAGUGCAGACAAACUUCCUGGCCAUUCCCGGUGACAUCUCUUCUGCGGUAGAACGAACCCUAAACGCCGGUGCUGCCAGCAGCUCGGGUUUUGAGGUUGAGUUGACGACGCUUCUAACAGAGAACCUCACGCUGGCCGUGGCUGGCGGUUACAUAAACAGCGAGUUUGACUCGUUUGCCAAUGCAAUCCUAGCUGGCGGUAACGCGGUAGAUCUGACUGGCUCGGAUCUGCCCAAUACGCCUGAUGUCACCGCUAGCGCUGUGCUGGAUUAUGGAUUUGACCUUGGUGGAAACGAUGCCUUCGCCAGGCUGGAAAUUAAUCACAGAUCGUCUGCGGCAGGUGACCUGGAAGGGCUCGCUGCGCCGCAGUUGGGGCUGCCAGAUUUUCCCUACCAGAUUGAUUCUUACACGGUGGCGAACCUGCGUGCAGGAGUUGAUCUUGGUUCGUUACGUUUCAACGCAUUCGUCGAAAACCUGUUUGACGAAGAAUAUUACAACGGAACUUCUGAUAACUUUGGUCUUGCCGGGAUUCGGAUUCGUCCCCAUCCUCGAAUUUACGGCCUGAGCGUCAGCUACAGGUUCGGCGAGUACUGA